AUGAAGGAAAUCCGUGCCAUUUCUGUUGCCAAGAUCGAAUAUCCCGAGAUUAUGGAUCCUGUGACGAUGAAGCCUAGAAUAGGUGGUUUAAAUGACCCCAGACUGGGUUCUAUCGACAGGAAUUUCAAGUGUCAAACGUGUGGUGAAGAUAUGAAGGAAUGUCCUGGUCAUUUCGGACACAUUGAAUUGGCCAAGCCCGUUUUCCACAUUGGUUUCAUGCCUAAAAUCAAGAAAUUAUGUGAAUGUGUCUGUAUGAAUUGUGGCAAACUGUUGUUGGAUGAGCAUACUAACCCCCAUUUUGCUGCUGCAAUUAAAAUUAGAGACCCUAAAAAGCGGUUUCAGGCCGUCUGGACUCUUUGUAAGACAAAGAUGGUCUGUGAAGUCGACCCCCCUGCUGAUGAUGAUGACGAUGACGAUAAUGACAUAAAUGGAACUGGCGGGCCAAAGUUUCGCAGAGGUGGUUGUGGCAGUAUGCAGCCUUCGAUUCGUAAGGAUGGUAUGAAACUUUGGGGUACAUGGAAAAGAACCAACCUGGAAGAUGAAACUGAACAAAUUGAAAGAAGGCAAGUUCAUGCUGAAGAAGUUUUGAGCGUGUUUAAGCACAUUUCUACUGACGACUGCGUGAAAUUAGGUUUCAACGAAGAGUGGGCUCGUCCUGAAUGGAUGAUCAUGACUGUAUUACCAGUUCCUCCUCCUCCAGUGAGACCUUCCGUCGCUUUUACCGAUUCUAAACGUUCCGAAGAUGAUUUGACUUAUAAAUUGGCCGAUAUUUUGAAGGCCAAUAUCAAUGUUCAAAAGUUUGAAAUAGAUGGUUCUCCACAACAUGUCAUCAACGAAUUUGAAGCUUUACUUCAGUACCAUGUUGCCACAUAUAUGGAUAACGAUAUCGCUGGUCAACCACAGGCUUUGCAGAAAAGUGGUAGGCCUAUCAAGUCCAUCAGGGCCCGUUUAAAAGGUAAGGAAGGUCGUCUUAGAGGUAACUUGAUGGGUAAAAGAGUGGACUUUUCUGCCCGUUCUGUCAUUUCCGGCGAUCCGAACAUCGAGCUAGACCAGGUCGGUGUCCCUAUGACUGUUGCUAAGACUCUUACUUAUCCAGAAAUUGUCACUCCAUACAACAUUCAAAAAUUAACCCAACUUGUGAGGAAUGGUCCUAAUCAACAUCCCGGUGCCCGUUAUGUAAUUCGUGAUUCUGGUGAGCGUAUCGAUUUACGUUUUAACAAGCGUGCAGGUGAUAUUCAGCUUCAGUAUGGCUGGAAAGUUGAGCGUCAUUUGAUGGAUGGUGAUCCCGUUUUAUUCAAUCGUCAGCCAUCUCUUCAUAAAAUGUCCAUGAUGUGUCAUAAAGUGCGUGUCAUGCCGUUCUCAACGUUCCGUAUCAACUUGUCUGUGACAACGCCCUACAACGCCGAUUUCGAUGGUGAUGAGAUGAACUUGCACGUUCCUCAGUCCUAUGAGACCAAGGCUGAAUUACAGGAGAUUGCGGCCGUGCCCAAGCAGAUUGUGUCUCCUCAAUCCAAUAAGCCUGUGAUGGGUAUUGUCCAGGAUACGCUUUGUGGUGUUAGAAAGAUGACCUUACGUGAUAACUUCAUUGAGUAUGACCAGGUAAUGAACAUGUGUUUCUGGAUUCCAAAUUGGGAUGGUGUAGUUCCUCAACCUGCCAUUUUGAAGCCUAAGCCUCUUUGGACUGGCAAGCAGAUAUUUUCUCUUACUAUUCCGAAGGGUAUUUUCAUGCAGAGACUUGAUGGCUCGUUGCUAUCCCCUAAAGAUUCUGGUAUGUUGAUAGUUAAUGGUAGUGUUAUCUUUGGUGUAGUCAACAAAGCUACGGUUGGUACCUCUUCUGGUGGUUUAAUACAUACUUGUAUGCGUGAAAAGGGUCCGGAUGUCUGUGCACAGAUGAUUGGUAACAUCCAGAAGGUGGUGAACUUCUGGUUGCUUCAUAACGGUUUCUCCAUUGGUAUUGGUGAUGCCAUUGCUGAUCCUGACACUAUGAAGACCAUUACCAAGACUAUUAGUGUGGCCAAAGAUCAAGUUCAGGAGGUUAUUAGUGAUGCUCAAAAGAACGUCUUGGAGCCGGAGCCUGGUAUGACGGUUCGUGAGUCUUUCGAGCAAAAAGUGUCUAAAAUCUUGAACGAGGCUCGUGAUGCUGCCGGUAAAUCAGCUGAAACUUCCUUGAAGGAUUCUAAUAAUGUGAAGCAGAUGGUGACGGCAGGUUCCAAGGGUUCUUAUAUCAACAUCUCUCAGAUGUCUGCUUGUGUUGGCCAGCAGAUUGUCGAAGGUAAGCGUAUCAACUUCGGUUUUGCUGACCGUUCGCUACCUCAUUUUACUAAGGAUGAUUACUCUGCUGAGUCUAAAGGUUUUGUAGAGAAUUCUUACUUAAGAGGUUUAACUCCUCAAGAAUUAUUCUUCCAUGCUAUGGCUGGUCGUGAAGGUUUAAUUGAUACUGCUGUGAAAACUGCAGAGACUGGUUAUAUUCAGCGUCGUUUAUUGAAGGCAUUAGAGGAUAUUAUGGUUCAGUAUGAUGGUACUACAAGAAAUUCUUUAGGUGAUGUUAUUCAGUUCAUCUAUGGCGAGGAUGGUCUUGAUGGUACGCAGGUCGAAAAGCAGGUGGUUGAUACCAUUCAAGGUUCGACGGAUUCUUUCGAGAAGAAGUACCGUAUCGAUUUGAUGGAUAAGAGCAAGAGUCUUCGUGCCGACUUGGUUGAGUAUGGUGCUGAUAUUGUAGGUGACAUGGGUUUACAGAAACUUUUGGAUGAGGAAUAUAAGCAAUUACUCUCCGAUCGUGAGUUCCUUCGUACUAAAGUGUUCCCGACAGGUGAAAAUAACUGGCCUUUGCCUGUUAACAUUCGACGUGUGAUCCAGAAUGCUCAGCAGAUAUUCCACGUGGACCGUUAUAAAGCUAAUGACUUGACGAUCCCAGAGAUUAUUAACGGCGUGAAAGAUCUGUGUAAAAAGUUUAUUGUUGUUCGUGGUAAAGGUGGAUGUCUAGACGAGGCUCAGGAUAAUGCUACCUACCUCUUCCAGUGUCUGGUUAGAUCACGUAUGGCCACCAAGCGUAUUCUUCAAGAGUUCCGCCUAAAUAAGGAUGCAUUCGAAUGGGUUCUUGGUAUGAUUGAGCAGCAGUUUGCCAAGGCUUUGGUUAAUCCGGGUGAAAUGGUUGGUGUCCUUGCUGCCCAAUCUAUUGGUGAGCCUGCAACGCAGAUGACGUUGAACACUUUCCAUUAUGCUGGUGUUUCUUCCAAGAAUGUUACCUUGGGUGUUCCUCGUUUGAAGGAGAUUUUGAAUGUUGCUAAGAAUAUCAAAACUCCUGCCUUGACUGUGUACUUGCAGGACGCUGUCGCUUUUGAUAUUGAGCGUGCCAAGUCUAUUCAGUCAGCUAUUGAGCAUACCACUUUGAAGAACGUCACGGCUGUUACAGAAAUCUUCUAUGAUCCUGAUCCAAAGAGUACCGUCAUCGAAGAAGAUGUCGAUACUGUCGAGGCCUACUUUGCCAUUCCAGAUGAAAAGGUGGAGGAGAACUUGCAUAAGCAGUCUCCUUGGUUGUUACGUUUGGAAUUGGAUCGUGCCAAAAUGCUUGAUAAGCAACUUACUAUGAGUCAGGUUGCCGGUAAAAUCAUGGAGAACUUCGGUGACGACUUAUUUGUUAUCUGGUCUGAGGAUAAUGCCGAGAAAUUGGUGAUCAGAUGUAGAAUUGUUCGUGAAGAAAAGGCAUUGGAUGAGGAGGAAGAGGAAACUGAGGACGGUUUGUUGAGAGCCUUGGAAACACAAAUGUUAGAGUCGAUCACUUUAAGAGGUAUUACCGGUAUCAGUAGAGUGUUCAUGAUGAAAUAUGAUAAGACUUACGUAGAUGAAGCAGGAGACUUUGCCAAGAAGAAAGAGUGGGUUUUGGAAACUGAUGGUAUUAACUUAUCAGAAGUUAUCGCUGUCGAUGGCGUUGAUCCUACGAGGACAUACUCCAAUUCGUUUGUUGAGGUCUUAUCUGUGUUUGGUAUUGAGGCAGCUAGAACAGCUUUGUACAAGGAGAUUCUGAAUGUUAUUGCCUUUGAUGGUUCGUACGUCAAUUACAGGCAUUUAGCAUUAUUGGUGGACCUAAUGACCUACAAGGGUCAUUUGAUCGCCAUUUCUCGUCAUGGUUUUAACAGAAAUGAAACCGGUGCAUUGAUGAGAUGUACUUUCGAGGAAACCGUAGAAAUUUUGUUUGAGGCAGGUGCCUCUGCAGAGUUGGAUACCUGUGAUGGUGUCUCUCAAAAUGUCAUUAUGGGACAGAUGGCUCCAUUCGGUACUGGUGCAUUCGAGAUGUAUCUCGACGAGGACAGGUUGGGUCUGCUUCCUUCGGAGGAGCGGAGCACUGCCGUUGCCGCACCAAGUUCUACUCCAGUGGCUGCUUCUACGAAGAAUGUUGCCGGCUCUGCUACUCCUUACGAAGAUGAGCAACUCAAGGACGAUUUCGUUCAUGUGGAAGACAGUGACAAGGUUGCUUUCUCUCCUAUGAUCACUUCGACUGCUAAUGACGACAGAAGUGGUGGAUUCACUGAGUAUGGUGGUGUCAGUAGUUACCAACCAAGUUCUCCAAGGUUCGGUGCUACUUCUCCAAGCUAUGGAGCAACGUCUCCUGGUUAUGCGCCUACAUCCCCAGGCUAUUCGCCGACUUCACCAAGUUACAGUCCUACUUCACCUUCGUAUUCGCCAACUUCGCCAAGUUAUAGCCCUACUUCCCCUUCAUAUUCACCAACAUCCCCAUCUUACAGUCCUACAUCUCCAUCUUAUUCUCCAACAUCUCCAUCCUACAGCCCAACAUCGCCAAGCUACAGUCCUACAUCUCCAUCUUACUCACCGACUUCACCAAGUUACAGUCCUACAUCUCCAUCGUACUCACCAACUUCACCAAGCUACAGUCCUACAUCUCCAUCGUACUCGCCAACUUCACCAAGUUACAGUCCUACUUCUCCAUCUUACUCACCAACGUCACCAUCUUACUCUCCGACUUCACCUUCCUACUCUCCGACUUCACCUUCCUACUCCCCAACCUCUCCCCAGUAUUCGCCAACAUCUCCAUCGUACUCCCCUACAUCCCCACAGUACUCUCCUACAUCCCCACAGUACUCGCCUACAUCUCCACAGUACUCACCAACGUCACCACAAUACUCACCUACGUCCCCUCAAUACUCGCCAACUUCUCCUCAAUAUUCACCAACUUCUCCGCAAUACAGUCCAACAUCCCCAUCAUAUUCUUCAGCAGCGGAUCAUAAAGAGGACGAGGAGAAGAAAUGA